CAGAAUAGGAUGGGGGAGAAAAUGAAUCAGAAUCAUUGCUUUUUACAUUUAGAUGGUUUCAGCUACUUGAAAUAUUUUAUACAUCAAUAGCGUAGGUCUCCAUGUGUCCUCCAUGUGUCCUCUGUGUGCUCAUUAAAACUAGAUUACACACGGGUAGCAUGGUCAUUUAGGACGUAGAUCCUGGAAAUAUCUUUGGAAAGUAUUCAUAAAUUUGUAAAUAUUUUGAAUGUUGCAUGUUAUUCAUAAAUAUUUCUAAUUGUCAACCUAGAUUUGUAAAGCCCUGGUGGAAUAUAAUUUCAUGUUGAUGUUAUACCUAUGGUUCUAGUUAAUAUUUUAUUCUAGUUUUACCAGUUUACCAAGUUACUUAAGUUAAUGCCUCAAACAUUACAAGUGAUGUUGUAUGAUUGACUGGCACCAGGUUCGGUUCAGGGCGUUGGGUUUCAUGGGCGAUGGUGUUCUUCUCUCUCUUAAUGACGCCUAAAUAAAUGCCUUGAUGACCCAUAUAAACACGUUCGGCCCUGAGCAAUCACCUCACUGCUGAAUUUCUGACAAAUCACCAUGUCAGACUUUUCUCUGGGGAUGGUGCUAUGAGAAGCUUCUUCAGAAGGUCCUCCCUCUUCGUGAUAUUUCUAAUUCCUCAGAGCUUAGCAAAGUUUAUAAAGCAAUCCAUGAUGCUGCAUUCAAAUUCUUCCACCUGCUUUUUUCAAGCAUCUCCGGAGUGGCUGAAGAGACUGAAGUUUUUGCGGGCUAAGGAGGUCCAGACCUGAAGUGAGUGUACUUAUUUUAAGUUCAUCAGUGUCCAUUUCAGUAGUAUCAUCUCCACUGAAGCCAUGCAGGCCCGAUACGCCUUCUACUCCAGAAUGAACUACACCCUCCCCUCCACACCUCCACCCAACACCACCAUCCCAGAACCGGCCAACACCACCAGCAAGCCUUUCAGCGUGUUCGACGGCUGCGACAACAUGGUGGAGGGCAUCGUCUUUGACCUGGCGGUGCAGACCUUCAACAUCGUAGUCGGGCUCCCAGCCAACAUCCUGGUCAUCGCCAUCCUGAUCCGAAACCGUCGCGAAUCAUCUACCUCCGACAUCUUCCUGGGCUGCCUGGCCUUCAUGGAUGCCUACUUCGGCCUGAUGGUGCCCGUAAGCUUCCUCAACCUCUACCACUGGCGGAGCAUGAAGGCCUGGAUGGCACUGAAGUUCUCCUACGGCGUGAAGGACACGAGCGGACCGCUCUUCCUCUCCUGCAUCUGCCUGGACCGCUUCGUGGCCGUGCUCUUCCCCAUUGCCUUCGGCAGGCUCAAAGCCACCACAUACCGGGCGGGACUUGCCGCCCUCGUCCUGGGCCUCACAUUCGCCUACGCCUCAGCCAAGACCGUCGGCGGGCUCCCCAACUUUGAGAAGGUCUUCACAGCUGAGGUGCUGGCCACCUUUACGUGGAUGGUGGUGUGCAACACCUCCAUCCUCUGGGCCCUAAAGCGCUCGCGGGGCGCAGGCAAGGACGAGAUGCACCCCAUGAAGAAGAAGGCCUUCAAGGUGGUGCUCUCGCUCCUGGCCAUCAUCGUGUGCAACUACCUGCCGCUGGUGGCCGUGUUCCCCUUCCAGGACCACUACUCGCCCAUGGCCUUCACCUGCUACAUCCAGCCCGUGGGCUUCGCCUUCCUCAACAUCAGCAGCAGCAUUCAGCCGCUGGUCUACCUGUCCCGUCUGGAGAGGGUACCCUUCCAGCCCGGAUCCUUCACCAAGAUGUUCUGCCGCAAGGAGAAAAAACAAGCCUCCCCAGCAUAGGGGAGACACCAUGUGAGAUGUGGAAUGGCAAGUUUCUGGAAACAUUUUUUACUGGAGUAUAUAUACCUUAAACAAUAUAUCUGACAUCCAAAUAAUAUUGCAAAAUAUUAUUUUGAAAAUUUUAAUUGUUUAUUUGUUUGUUUGUUUGCUAUUAUUUCUCUGUCUGUUGGUUUGAUUGGUUAGGACUGACUUUAAUAAUGUAUGUUAGGCUACUGCGUCUCUCCAUCGGUCUUGCAGUAGCUUUUGUAACUGGAUUAUGGCGCCAUCGUGUGUUCAAUGCAAAUAAGUGUCAUUGUUUUCCAAAUUAAUUCUCGUUUGUCUCUGCGUUGCAUUUGUAACCCUAUCUUUCUCUGCAAAUAAAUACAUGUACAUAUUUAACAUAUAGAAUUAAAAAUGUUAAACUGGAGAACAUAUAAAUGCGUCCCUGCUCAAAGUUUCUGUAUACAUUGCCCUUAUUUUCCUUAUUUGCUACAUACUGCGAGGUUUACCAAGUGUAUGGUUUCUAGUUACUGGAUGGAUGGUAAUACUUAAGUAUCAAUAAAAGAUGAAGUGU